UUGGCUUCGUCCCGGCGACGGAGCAGGGCCCCGGGGAUCCGGUUACCCCCCUGCCGAGCUCCGGUGGUGGCAGAGGGACAGGCGGAGAGCGGUGGUGCGGAGCGGUUGUUGCCAUGUUCUUCCUCUUCCGUGCACCGACCCGGCGGGGCACAGGUGACCCCGCACCCCACAACCGCCCCCAGAGCAAUCGGGGUGACCGCAGCCUCCCCCCGGCCCCACGGUUUGGGGUCCGGCGGAGCCGUGGCCCCACCAGCGCCUUGGGGCUGCCGAGCCCUGGAUGCUCAUGUUUCCCUAUGGAGCAGCAUCAGGCCCCCGAGGAUCCGGUACCCCCGUUGCCCCCCGCUCUGCAGCAGCCGCUCCCGUUCCCCCCCCUUGUCCCGGGAUCGCUGCCCCAGGGCCGGGCAUGUCCUGCGGGCACAGCCCCGGCCAUGGGCAACUGCACCAAGACCCCCGAGCGGAGGCUGCCCAAGGAUGGGAAGCCCCAUUCCGGCCCUAUGGAUCCCGGGGACCCCGAGGAGGUGUCGGAGGCAGCACAGUCCCCCCCGGUGCAGGGGUACUCGGUGCUGCAGGGGCUGGUGGGACCGGCCUGCAUCUUCCUGCGCCAGAGCAUCGCUGUCACCCAGCGGGAUCGAGAGCUGCGGCCUGAGGAGAUCGAAGAGCUGAAACAGGCGUUCCGGGAGUUCGACAAGGAUCGGGAUGGAUACAUCAGCUACAAGGACCUGGGCGAGUGCAUGAGGACCAUGGGCUACAUGCCCACCGAGAUGGAGCUCAUUGAGCUGUCCCAGCAGAUCACCGGAGGAAAGGUGGAUUUUGAUGACUUUGUGGAGCUGAUGGGGCCCAAGAUGCUGGCGGAGACCGCGGAUAUGAUCGGGAUCAAGGAGCUGCGCGAUGCCUUCCGCGAGUUCGACACCAACGGUGACGGGCAGAUCAGCAUGGCAGAGCUGCGGGAGGCCAUGCGCAAGCUGCUGGGGCAGCAGCUCCAUCACCGGGAGGUGGAUGAGAUCCUCAAGGACGUGGAUCUCAAUGGGGACGGGCUGGUGGACUUCGAAGAGUUUGUGCGGAUGAUGUCGCGCUGAGGGUGGAUUGUGCCAACACGGGACCCGUCUGUGCCUUAUGGAGCUGAUGCUGGUGCCGGAGCCGGGACUAGGCUCUCACCUGGUGCUCAGCCUCAGGCUUGGCUCUGUGCCGAGGUCCUGCCAUGGUGAUGGGCACCGGGGAUGGCACCGGGAUGGGCUUUGGUUGCCCUCGUCCCCAUCUCUGUCCUCAGUGUUCCCCCUUCCUGCCCUGAGCUCAUCCCAAACCAUUCCCACCCUAUUCCUCCAGCCUUGCUCCCAUGCCCAUCCCUGUCCCCCCACACUGAUUCCGGGUGUAUCCUGCUGCCUGUCCCAUUACCUACCCCACAUGUGUCCGGCUAUGGGCAUCCUGCUGCUUCCCAGGCCCGGAUGGAUGCUCCUUAGGGCUCCAACCGGGACAUCCUCAAGGGAAGAGGCCGGGAAUGAAGCAUCCGGUCCCACCAUGGACAGGGAGCAGCGGUCGGGGCCAGAUCCUGCCCUGGGAGCGUUUUGGGGUCAAAUCUGCCCUUUUGGAAUGA